GGGCUGCUGUCGAGCGUCGAGAGUGAAAAGCAGACCGGCCGCGGCACGAGUGAGAUGGACGGGGCGGUGCUCUAGCGGGAGCGCGCGCGCGGCGUACUACUACAACACGACGACGACCACGGCGGCGGCGGCAGCUUUCGCCUCGACAACUACGACCGGCGCGAGGAAUUUGAAAGCGCUAGCGCGGUAUAUACCGGCGUACAAAGAGUGGUGCAAGUGGUGUGUGACGUGCGUGCGUGCGUUCCUUCUUACAGUGCGUGCGUGAGUGCCUUUCGAAGUUUUUUUUUUUUUUAAGAGGCGGCCAGCCGGCCGGACCAACAGCAGUUUACAGUCAUGUGUUCGGCGGCGUACGAGCUCGGCGCCGUGCGGCUCGAGAUCCGGCCGCUGCGGCCGUUCAAGUCGAGCGAGGAGUACCUGUGGGCCAUGAAGGAAGACCUGGCCGAGUGGAUGAACACGCUGUACGGUCUCAAGCUGACUCCGGAGACGUUCUUCGAGUCGCUCGACGACGGCGUCACGCUGUGCCGACACGCCAACAAGGUGCUCGAGGCGGCCCGACGCGAAGGCCGGCUGGCCGCGCUCAAGCUGCCCGACCGCGACGUGGUGUACCGCGCCGACGUACAGCGGGGCACGUUCCAGGCGCGCGACAACGUGUCCAACUUCAUCGCGUUCUGCCGCGCGCUCGACAUCAAGGAGUGCCUGCUCUUCGAGACCGAGGACCUGGUGAUGCGCAAGAACGAGCGCAGCUUCAUACUGUGCCUGCUCGAAGUGGCUCGCCGCGGGGCCCGCCUCGGCAUGCUCGCGCCGCUGCUGGUGCAGUUCGAGCAGGAGAUCGACGCCGAGCUCGAGCACGAGGAGUGCGACUCGGACGAAGAGCCCCCGCCGCCCCGGCCGCAGAUCAUCACCAACGACUUGCGAUCGCUACACGAAAGGGUCGUGGACCUGCUGAACAGGUGUACCUGCCCGUCCCAGUUCCCAAUGAUUCGCGUCGCGGACGGGAAGUACAGGAUUGGAGACACCAAGGUGCUCAUCUUCGUACGGAUACUCCGCAGUCACGUGAUGGUGCGCGUGGGCGGCGGAUGGGACACGCUGGAGCACUACCUCGACAAGCAUGACCCCUGCCGUUGCAGAUCUGGCCACAGGACAUCGACAUCGGCUAGGCUAACCAUGACUCCCGGGAAGGGUGGCAGCCCAACCAUGCAGGUCACAUACAAUAGACCUCCCGCACCGAGCUACCCUUACGGGAGCACGUCGCCGCUGAUGUCACACAGGGGCCUGCCGCACAACAACUCUCUCACCGGCGACCACGACCGAGACCUGACCCCAUCGAGGAUAUCGCACUGCAGCGACGACUCGACCAGCUCGAGCAGCGGCGGCUGCGGAUUGCCCUCCGACAACAGCAGCGAGACGUCCGAGGGCGAGUUUACCAAGACGCCCGGCGGAUCCCGCAAGUGCUCGCCGCGCAAGAUCGCCAAGACCGGCAACGUCACGCCUCAGCCAGGAGAGUUCGGGAGCACCAACGGUUCCGCCCCCUGGAAGAUGGCACCUCCGGACCGACCCGACUCUGCCGGAGGCCUGCCACGCUCGCACGACGUCGCCGACAGCGGCGCGGCGUCAGCGGACGAAAGCUACGCGUCGUCGGCUUCGCCCACGGCAUCUCCCGCCAAGACGAACGGAACGACCUCGUCUCCGAGGCACUCGAUCUCCAGUGCUGGGUCCAGACAGACGCCCCCACCGUCGGCGUCGUCCGCCAAAUCCAGGAUUCCCUACCUUGCCCCACCCCACCGGGCCACCAGCACGGAGAACCUGACCACAAACGGCUCGACGUCCCCUACUCCUCAACAUCAUCAGCAACAACAUUCGUCCAAGCAGCCAACGACCAACGGGCGCGUCCGACAGUCGUCGACUCCGCCCAACCCGAACGCUAGGCGUCGUUCUGUGGACGCCGGACUGGCCACUCUGCCCCGCUCCAGGUCUCACAGCAGUGAAGGGAGCAUGAUUGCCGACAAGGGCUUCCUCACGCGAGGCGCUCCGGGCCGCUGCUCCUGGAGGAGUCCUCCCCCGGUCCGGACCUCGUCGCGGUCCGGCGCCUCCGACGGCGGCGCCGGCAACAAGACCUGGGCUUUCCGGCAGCGCGGUUCUUCGAGACCUGCCCUCACGCCCGACCUGUUCACCGAGCCCGGCUCCAAGAGGAGCGCGGCCCACUCGAGCCCGACCAAAUCGCAGAGGCCCAACGUGAUAUCGCCCCUGCUGCAGGAGCUGCUGCGCGAGAAGGACCUCGACUCGGACGACAAGAUCCUAAAGAAGAUGGAGUUCAUCGUCAACCACUACCGCUCGCGUCUGGACAGAGGCGAAUGCGGUGAAGCCAACGGCAGCUCCACCCUCCCCAAGGCUUCGCACACGGCACCCACGUCACCUGACAGCUUCUGCAGCCCGCCGUGUCGGAGGCGAGGCUCCAAGAUUCCCAUGGCUACUUACUACGACAGGGACUAAUCCAAACUGUUGUUCUUGAAGACUCUCUGCUUAGAACUGCUGUCCGCCCCGUGGUGUGCCGAAAGAUCAUCGGUGUUAUAACGGGUUCGGGACAGUUCAAAGGGGGAAAAAAAAGCAAGUUGGUUGCCAACACGACCGGCCAUCUCUGACAGGCUGGAAUGCCGCUGUCGAGAAUUGCUUUCCUCCUGACAAGAGGAUAAGUUGUUAGAUGCUGCAAGAGAGCGCUCCUGCAUGGCCUGUUAUAGAGUGAUGAUUCACACCAUCUUACACACAGAUAGCUGCGGUAUGCGUGUUAUCGUGUGAGUUGCUGAGUUUCUUGACAACGGGAGACCUGCAAGACGGGUGAAAACUACUUUGAGUUUGGCAUCGCAGCAACAUUUUCUCCGCGUGUAUGUAGCACGUGUGGCCCACCUGUAAUCACAGCUAUAGUUAACAAGUCGCAACAAAUCCACCUGUUGCAUGGCGCAGAAGUGAAAGAAGAAAAAAAAUACAAGAAAGAACUAGCAUGCGCUGUUGUUUCGGGCAGAUGCGCUGCCCGGAGCUGAAGUUUUGUUUCACGAGAUCAAACUUUAUAGCGUUACCUGAAACGAAGCUCGUACGAACACAGCAGUAGUCGUACCAGCCCGAGUCUUGAGCCCGAGUCUGGAGAAGUACGAAGGUAGAGUCGUCGAAACGGCUUACGUUAUAGGGCGACCCUGGGAAUGACGCGAGACCCAGUAGAAUGUGGUCGUAUAAUAACAAAUGCGCUCAGGAGCUUUUCAAAACACACACGCAACAGAUUAACAGUGUAGAUAUAUUUUUAAAGUCUAUUUUACCCGGCACGACCUAGCGCAGGCAGUAUAAUGACUGCGUUACGCUCGAGCCUUCGCAUUAGUACAGGGAAAGAGAAAUAGAAGUGGCAGUUAGUGAAGUGUCUCGAGAGAGAGAGAGAGAGAGAGAGCACCGGCGUUUAGCAAUUUCGAGGCGCUUGAGAAUAAGUAACAUGGCAUUUAACGGAGCAGUGCACCUGAGACCUUUUAAAGUUCAUUUUGCUGGCUGGUUCGUGCGAGCGCCGCUGCCAAUACUGCCCCGAAGCGGGUCGGAUGAGUAUUGGUCAAAAAUGUGCUUUAUUUUUUAAAUAUUUCGUUCGGGACGAGUGCCAUGCAUGAUGUACGUGAAGAGUUUAUGAAGAGUGUUUGUAUAUUUGUUUUUUUUUGCUUUCGCUGAAGCAGCAAGACAAAUGGCAGUGCGCUUGUUUUGCUCUUUUGUUUUGUUACGAUCCUUCUAUUCAUUAUCUCUCGUGUUCACGCAAGCAGCUGAUUUUAUCUUUAUUUUAAUCUGUAUAGCGGUCGCAAUCGGCAUCACAUCUGACCCAGGCGCACAUCUUGAAAUGGCUCGGAAGUCGUGCGUCUCCCGACGAUGAUCGAUUCCGUCGCUUCUUCUAGUCUGCAGGAUAUAAAACACAGAUGCACACGCGCUGGUUUCUUUUGAGACCAACCUAACUAUAAACCAUUCACGACGAGUACGAGGCUUCCAUGUUCGCUGGCUCUUAGGCCCUUGUUUAUCGCUCUGUAAGAAUUCUAUUUACAAACUGCAGACGUCACAGUAGGAAUGUCUGAUGACAGCUUUUAGAUUGAGGUCGAGUGAAAGACUAAAUGGAAGGUGAAGAUGACAGCAGAUGCGAUUGCGAACGACACAAAAGCGUUCGUGGAAAGACGGAAACUUGGAAGCGGCCAACAGUGACCGAACAAGGAAAUACUCUGCCCGGAGACAAUGUUUCGACAAGGAGGACCUGUAUUCUUCAGGGCCCUGACGAAGACAAGCACUUUUGUCGAAACGCUGGCUCCGUACUGAGGAUUUUCUUGUUCGCCCGCUGUUGGUCACUCAGCGAAUGUGGCGCAUAUUAUGUGAAAUUUAAUGAACCCAGAUAACUGUAGCUGCCAGUAAACUGCAGCUAUGAAUUUGAUGGCUUCAGGAUAGCCACACUUUCUUUCACGGCGUGUCAGCGUUGUCGCGGGAUAGUGACAAGGGCUCGGGCGUUGUACUCGAUCGAUGGCGAGACCUUAUUUGUUGUGUAGUGUGUGUUUCCGCAGACCAGGCACGUGCAAACACAGCACGCGUUUCGUAUUCACCAAUGUUGUUCACUUGUCAUAGCUCUGCAUGAAACAUCUAGUAUAUUUCCAUCACUGCACAGAAAAAAAAAAAAUACAAGAACGCAGGCAUUCGACACUGUCUGUUGGUGUGAAGAAGGUGGACAACGCACAACCGAUUUCAUUGAUUGUGGAUUCCGCAAGCUGUCGAAGUCGGGCUUGGCUUCGUAAGUCAAGAUUAUUUUGGUUAUUAGAAGUGAUCGAUAGGUCUCGCUUUAAAUGACGCCCGUGUUGUUUGGCAGCUGUUAUACUGACUGCACCUUGGUGGAUUACACCGGACCCUUCCAUAGAAAACAAAAAUUAAUGAGUGUGGCAUAGGCUGCGCAAAGAAAGUUUUAAUGUUUAUUAGACCGCUGAAUUGAACCCGCGCAACUGACGCUGCAGUUGUUUGUACAUAAUAAUAAUUGUGAAUGUUUAGGUGAGAAGAAGACUGGGAUGCACGGAUGGUGCAGCUGGCACAUUGUGAGAAGACCUCGCUUACUGUUGGCGCGCGUUAGACAGCGCGCUCAAUUUGAAGUGCUGUACACUGUUACUUAGCCUGAAAAAAAAAAAUAAUUACGCACCCACACGCCAGGCACGCCGUGUUUGGGUAAGCACGCCAUCAAAAAUAAUAUAACAAAGUGUUUUUUUUUUUUUCUAGGAACUGUCAACUUGGUCAUUGUUGUCGGUAUGCUUUGUCGUUGCCUAUACCUCAGCUAAAAUUUUGUAAAUAAAAGUUCUGUUUUUAACAAAAA